AUGUUGAACAAGAUGACCUCCUUCCAGCCGCAGCAGAUGAUGAGAGGUCCUAGGUGGAACCGGGCCCUGUCCGACCCGCUGUUUGUGCUGCUGCUUGCUCUUCAGCUCCUGGUGGUGGCAGGUUUGGUCCGUGCUCAGACCUGCCCCUCCGUCUGCUCCUGCAGUAACCAGUUCAGCAAAGUGAUCUGCACACGCCGUGGCCUCCGCGAGGUGCCCGACGGCAUCUCCACCAACACGCGCUACCUGAACUUGCAGGAGAAUCUCAUCCAGGUGAUUAAGGUGGACAGCUUUAAGCACCUACGCCACCUGGAGAUCCUUCAGCUCAGCAAAAACCACAUCCGUAGCAUUGAGAUUGGGGCCUUCAAUGGACUGGCCAGUCUCAACACACUAGAACUUUUCGACAACCGUCUCACCACUAUCCCCAAUGGAGCCUUUGAAUACCUCUCCAAACUCAAGGAACUGUGGUUGAGAAAUAACCCAAUUGAGAGCAUCCCAUCCUAUGCCUUCAACCGCGUGCCCUCGCUAAGAAGGCUAGACUUAGGAGAACUGAAGCGGCUUUCCUACAUCUCUGAGGGCGCGUUUGAGGGUCUGAGUAACCUGCGUUACCUGAACCUGGGCAUGUGCAACCUGAAAGAAAUCCCAAAUCUCAUCCCUCUUGUACGACUGGAUGAACUGGAGAUGUCAGGAAACCAGCUCUCAGUUAUCCGGCCUGGGUCCUUCAAAGGCUUGGUCCACCUGCAGAAGCUGUGGAUGAUGCACUCUCAGAUCCAGACCAUCGAGAGAAAUGCCUUUGAUGAUCUUCAGUCUUUGGUGGAGCUGAAUCUGGCUCAUAAUAAUCUCACCCUUCUGCCCCAUGACCUCUUCACACCGCUUCACCACCUGGAGAGAGUCCACCUUCACCACAACCCAUGGAACUGUGACUGUGACAUCCUGUGGCUCAGCUGGUGGCUGAAGGAGAUGGUACCAGCCAACACCAGCUGCUGUGCCCGCUGCAGUUCACCUCCCAGCCUCAAGGGGCGCUACAUUGGUGAGCUGGACCAAAACUAUUUCCAUUGUUACGCGCCCGUCAUCGUGGAGCCGCCAGCCGACCUCAACGUCACGGAGGGCAUGGCGGCAGAACUGAAAUGCCGGGCAAAUUCGUUGACUUCUGUGAGUUGGAUCACCCCAAACGGCUCCAUCAUGACCCAUGGGGCUUAUAAGGUGCGAAUUUCUGUGCUAAAUGACGGGACAUUAAAUUUCACCAAUGUCACCAUGCAGGAUACAGGGACCUAUACCUGCAUGGUGAGUAACUCUGCAGGCAACACCACAGCCUCUGCCACCCUCAAUGUGUCCUCCACAGAGAACAGCACCUUCAGCUACUUCACCACUGUAACUGUGGAGACAAUAGAGCCUACACAUGAUGAGAGUCACACGACGGUACAGCCGAAAGUUGGCCCCACCCCCUCUGCUGGGAUGUGGGAGUCCUCCUCCUCACAAUCGUCAAGCACCACCACCACAGCACGGACACCCCUCUCCACGCGGACCACGGAAAAGACCUACACCAUUCCAGUGACUGUGCCUAUUCAGGGCGGGCUGGAUGAGGUGAUGAAAACCACCAAGAUCAUCAUUGGCUGUUUUGUGGCCAUCACGCUGAUGGCAGCCGUCAUGCUAAUUAUCUUCUACAAGAUGCGUAAGCAGCACCAUCAACAGAACCAUCACGCCCCCACCCGCGCCAUUGAGAUCAUCAACGUGGACGAGGACUGUGUUCCUGGGGGCCCAGCCAUGGAGGGCCACCUCACCCUUCCUCGCCUGGAGCACGAGCAUCUUAACAGCUACAACAGCUACAAGACUGCAUACAACCAUGCCUCAACCAUCAACUCCAUACACAGCUCAGCGCACGAACCUUUGCUAAUUCGCGCCAGCUCAAAAGACAAUGUGCAAGAGACUCAGAUCUAA